CCUGAAGUUCGGGCUGAACUGGGAUCCUGACCGAAAAUAGAGGCACAGAAAAGCCUGAAGAUUCUCAUGUAACUCUGGGAACUGCUUUGAAGAAGUUGGAGUGCCAAAGAAGACCUUUGAAGUGUGAAAAUUCCUGUAACUGAAACCAAAAUGUCUUUCAUAGAUCCUUACCAGCAUAUUAUAGUGGAGCACCAGUACUCCCAUAAAUUCACAGUGGUGGUGUUACGUGCCACCAAAGUGACAAAGGGGGCCUUUGGUGACAUGCUUGACACUCCAGAUCCCUACGUGGAACUUUUCAUCUCUACGACCCCUGAUGGCAGGAAGAGAACAAGACACUUCAAUAAUGACAUCAACCCUGUGUGGAAUGAGACCUUUGAAUUUAUUUUGGAUCCUAAUCAGGAAAAUAUUUUGGAGGUCACGUUAAUGGAUGCCAAUUAUGUCAUGGAUGAAACUCUAGGAACAGCAACAUUUCCUAUAUCUUCCAUGAAAGUGGGAGAGAAAAAAGAAGUUCCUUUUAUUUUCAACCAAGUCACUGAAAUGAUUCUGGAAAUGUCUCUUGAAGUUUGCUCAAGCCCAGACCUGCGGUUCAGCAUGGCUCUGUGUGAUCAGGAGAAGACUUUCAGGCAGCUGAGAAAAGAGAACAUCAAAGAGAAGAUGAAGAAACUCUUGGGCCCCCAGAGGAGUGAAGGAUUGAAUUCUACCCGGGAUGUGCCCGUGGUGGCAAUCUUGGGUUCCGGUGGGGGUUUCCGGGCCAUGGUGGGAUUCUCCGGUGUAAUGAAGGCACUGUAUGAAUCAGGAAUUUUGGAUUGUGCUACCUACGUUGCUGGUCUUUCUGGCUCCACGUGGUACAUGUCAACCUUGUAUUCUCACCCAGAUUUCCCAGAGAAAGGGCCAGAGGAGAUCAAUGAAGAGCUAAUGAAAAAUGUUAGCCAUAACCCCCUUUUGCUGCUCACACCACAGAAAGUUAAGAGAUACGUUGAGUCUUUAUGGAAGAAGAAAAGCUCUGGCCAGCCUGUGACUUUCACGGACGUCUUUGGAAUGUUAAUAGGAGAAACACUAAUUCACAACAGAAUGAACACUACUUUGAGUAAUCUGAAGGAAAAAGUCAGUGCCGCCCGAUGUCCUUUGCCACUUUUUACCUGUCUCCAUGUCAAACCUGAUGUGUCGGAGUUGAUGUUUGCAGAUUGGGUUGAAUUUAGUCCCUAUGAGAUUGGCAUGGCUAAAUAUGGUACUUUUAUGGCUCCUGACUUAUUUGGAAGCAAAUUUUUUAUGGGAACAGUUGUGAAGAAAUAUGAAGAAAACCCCUUGCAUUUCUUAAUGGGUGUUUGGGGCAGUGCCUUUUCUAUAUUGUUCAACAGAGUUUUGGGAGUUUCUGGCUCACAAAACAAGGGUUCUACCAUGGAGGAAGAAUUAGAAAAUAUCACAGCAAAGCAUAUUGUGAGUAAUGAUAGCUCGGAUAGUGAUGACGAAUCACAGGAACCCAAAGGUACUGAAAAUGAAGAUGCUGAAAGGGAGUAUCACAAUGAUAACCAAGCAAGUUGGGUGCAUCGUAUGAUAAUGGCCUUGGUGAGUGAUUCAGCUUUAUUCAAUACCAGAGAAGGCCGUGCUGGGAAGGUGCACAACUUCAUGUUGGGCUUGAAUCUCAAUACAUCUUACCCACUGUCUCCUCUAAGAGACUUUACCAUGCAGGAAUCCUUCGAUGAUGAUGAUGAACUGGAUGCAGCUGUAGCAGAUCCAGAUGAAUUUGAGCAAAUAUAUGAGCCAUUGGAUGUAAAAAGUAAAAAGAUUCAUGUAGUGGACAGUGGGCUCACAUUUAACCUGCCAUACCCCUUGAUCUUGAGACCUCAGAGGGGCGUUGAUCUCAUCAUCUCCUUUGACUUUUCUGCAAGGCCAAGCGAUACUAGCCCUCCGUUUAAGGAACUUCUACUUGCAGAAAAGUGGGCUAAAAUGAACAAACUCCCCUUUCCAAAGAUUGAUCCUUAUGUGUUUGAUCGGGAAGGACUGAAGGAAUGCUACGUCUUUAAACCCAAGAAUCCUGAUGUGGAGAAAGAUUGCCCGACUAUCAUCCACUUUGUUCUGGCCAACAUCAACUUCAGAAAAUACAAGGCUCCAGGUGUUCCAAGAGAAACCAAGGAAGAGAAAGAAAUAGCAGACUUUGAUAUUUUUGAUGACCCUGGAUCACCCUUUUCAACCUUCAACUUUCAAUAUCCAAAUCAGGCAUUCAAAAGGCUGCAUGAUCUGAUGCACUUCAAUACCCUGAACAACAUCGAUGUGAUAAAAGAUGCCAUUGUUGAGAGCAUUGAAUACAGAAGACAGAAUCCAUCUCGCUGCUCUGUUUCCCUCAGUAACGUUGAGGCAAGAAAAUUUUUCAACAAGGAGUUUUUAAGUAAACCUCAAGUAUAGAUGGAAAGAGCUGUGGUUUCUGAUGCUACAUUUGAAAUUCCAUGGUAACUGGAUUUAAAAGCACAGUACAGAUAGAGACUGGCUGAUACUUACAGUUGCAGUUAUUGAGCUGCCUGAGAAUGCUAUUUCUAUGAAUUAAUUUGGUAGGUGGACAAAUGAUGUUGUUUAUAUACAAAUAUGCUUAGUGUCAGUUUCUGUUAGUUUGAAUUUUCUGAUGUCGAUGUAGGGACAUGUACCGGAUUUUAAAACAUUCCUCACCAACCUUUGUAUGUGUGCUCUUUUUACAAAUGUGGUUUUCUUUUUUAAGAUAUUUAAAAGUUUAGUAAGAAAGACUGUCCAUUGUUUGUGAAUGUUAUUCACUGACUAGAAAUUUUUUUCAUGCCAUGAGACAACACUAUUUUUUAUUUAUAUAUGUAUGUAUACAUAUAUCAAAUAAAUGCAUUAGUAUGCAAAA